UCACUAGAUUCAGGUAAAAGCGGGAAAUUGUGCAUAGCUUCAAAAGACUUCCGCCAAGUUCAUUGUAUACUUCAGAUAAAAUGUGUGAUGUUGGAAAUCUAAUUGAUUUAACGGGCUGGGAUGAGCCUGUUAAAGAUGAGGAGGUCGUAGAAGAUACGCCAAUUCAAUCAAACAGCUUCAAAGGACCAUACGACCCAUUCGAUUCAGUGGAAAAAGAAGCCUGCAUCAAGGGCGAACACUUUAAGAAUGAUACACAAAAUACACCAACGACACCAGCUGAAGGCCAGCUCGUCAACAAUGAGUCUUCGCCAUUAACCAUAGAAUCUGAGCCGAGCAAUUCAGAUAUUAUUAGUAGCUCUACAGUUAGCAAUGAAUCGCGCCACCGCAGUCUACAGCAGCUUGCCAAGCUGAAUGCAACCAGGCUAUCAAAUAUGAACACACCACCGAGUAAUCAGUUGGUGAAUGUUGCAACAAGUGGAAAUAGCUCGUACUUUAACAGCUGCUUUCUGACCGAGAAUCUGCAAAUGAUUGCCGCUGAGUCGCCAGUGAAGCUCAUAGAAGAUGAGCCCAAUCCAAUUCCAACCACGAUGCCAUCUGUCGAUCUGCCUGACUAUACCUGUUCCAAUACAGAGUUCGAAGUACGCCUAAAGCAGAUGCGCAUCGCCAUGUUGGGCUCGCCAGCUAAAUCCGCUGCACCAGAUCCUCUCCCAGCACAGACAACUCUAAAUUCUCACAAUACUCCAGCACAGAUUGAAGCGCUGUGGCAAGAGCUGAAAUUUCUGGUUUAUGCACACGUUGAGCUCUCCAAGAGGGAGCAGUUCAAUGCGGUAAUUGAAUCGCUACGUACAGCCAUCCAAUGCAAUCGCCCAACCCCAGAAGAUGCCAGCCAGGUCACUAAAGAAUCGCCAAUUCUAUAUACACGUCAGGGAACCUUCGACUUAGAUCUAGAGCAACAGCGAAUGAAAGCAGAUGCUGCAGAUCAUUUGAAGGCAAAUGGAAAUAUUCAAGAGUUUCCCGAUGUGAUGACGUGCUCGUCGGCCACAUACGAUGCUGAAUCGGCUGAUAAGCCAAUGAGUCCGAUUCGAGAAACUGAAUUUCAGAAAAAACCCGAUUCGUAUGUGACCGAAGUGGUUAACGACAACAAUCUAGCUCAACAAAUCAAUCAGCUACUGGAGCGACACAAUCUAACCAAGCAGCAGGUCAAUGACAAUGAGCCACAGCAUCACGAGCCGGAAACGAAUCAGCACUCGUCUGGCCAAACCGUUAUCUUGGUGGUAAACUCCACGGCCGGCAGUCAAUUGACCAACUGUAUAGUGCAUCCGUCCUCGGCUAGAGUGGCCAAUGCGGCGGCCAAAACUGAGAGAGAUAACGCGCUGCGACGACGCUCAUCGUCGUUGUCCAUUCACGACAAGGCCAAGCAGGAGCGACCGAAGUCGAUAGUUAAGCAAUCAUCUGAAGAGGGCAACGAGAGCAAUCUCGUGAUGCCUCUGAAGGAACUGUCGACUGUGGGCGAUAAAUUCAAUGCCAUGUCGAGCUUUAGGCAGCGUCGCAACUCCUUUUCAAUCGCUUCAAUAGGCGGGGGCAAGGGGACUGCGCCAGCUCCCGCCGCCAGCCAGGGCAGAGGCCACUUGGUUGGCCGCACCAAGGUGACGGCCAUAAACGAAACGGUUAUGAAACUGAAUGGCACCUCAAAGGCGAACAGCAAGCCGGUUAAACGGGUUGUGCCCAUGGUGAAGCCAUCGCUGGAGCUGACUGAUGUAACACACCUGAAUUCAACGACGCCCCGCUGCAAUGUCCAGGAUACGCCUCUGACGACCAAAGGCAAACAGGCCAGCAAAUUAUUCUGCACCAGCACACCGAUGCCACAGGUGCGUCCGCUACAGCGCCGCUCCCUGAGGCCAGUGAGCAGCUAUGCCAACGCCUCCUGCGCCACCACCUCCACGCUGCGAUCCGCCAACUACUCGAAGAAAGCUGCCCAAUGAAUUGCCAGCCAAAUUGUGAUGUCUUUCGAUAGAAAUGAUUUUGUUUUCAAGCUUAGAGUUAAGAAUUAAGAAUUAAUAUUUAGAUUAAGAAUCCGUCCGUUUCUUUUUGUUUAUAUAAUGUACGCAAUUGGCAAAAAGAGGCAUGGCCAAAACCAGACUAACUAUAGCACUAGAUACAUUCGAGACGAGGAGACCUGAGCCAUGUCCGUCUAACUUGAUUCAUUCCUGCAUAUUCAUAA